CUUGCAUUUUCUUUUUUCAAGUCGUCGCAGCUAGGAUGGACGUGAAAGUUUAUACUGUCAAUGGCGCAGUAGCAGGCUCAUCAUCAUCUAUUCCAGAUUGGCUUAUCAAAAAACGAGCAGCGAAAGGAAAAGGAAAGCGAGUCUCAAAAGAAUAUGUCCAAGGUGCUAUCGAGCUCAUCCAAGGAUUCGAAUUCCCUGAGGCCAGCAACAAAAUCAAAACAACAAGAGACGGUCAUCAUGCCAUAGCUACUGGCACCUAUAAACCUCAGACGAGAGUCUGGGAUCUAGACGAGCUCAAUCUAAAAUUCGAGAGACAUUCAGAUGCAGAGAACGUCGAUUUCAUAAUUUUAUCGGAUGAUUGGACAAAAAUCAUGCACUUGCAGAAUGAUCGUACUAUCGAGCUGCACACUCAGGGAGGAUUUCAUUAUAGGACUCGCAUACCGCGCUUCGGUCGGUCACUGGCAUAUCACUUUCCAUCAUGCACCGCGCUCUUCUCAGCUUCAGGAAACGAGAUAUAUCGACUCAACCUCGAACAAGGGCGUUUUCUCAAUCCCCUAGUUCUUCAAGACGACGAUAUUCAAGGCGUAAACUGUAUUGACAUCAACCCCGCGCAUAACCUCCUCGCAUUCGGCGUCGAUGGUAACGGGACAGUUCAAUUCUGGGAUCUUCGUUCCAGAUCAUCCGUCGGUGUGCUUCGAGCACCGACCAAUCGAUUACUACGUCCAACAACGCGGAGUACCAUGCCAGGCGUCGAUGACAUCGACACACUCAGUAUAGGCAUCACAGCUCUCGCUUCUCGAUCGGACGGUCUAUCCUACGCUGUAGGAACAUCCACAGGACACACCUUCCUGUACGAUAUCCGAUCCAACCGGCACUUUGCACUAAAAGACCAAGGCUACGGCCUCCCAAUACGCAAUCUAACAUGGAUAGAAGGCGGUCGACUCGCAGGGGACGGUAUGGUAAUGAGCGCGGAUAAAAAAGUCGUCAAAAUAUGGGAUCGUAAUUCCCCGUCAUCCAACUUCGUAUCCAUAACACCCGCACACGACCUCAACCAUAUCCACCACGUCCCAGGCAGUGGCCUCUUCCUAACCGCAAACGAAGGGAUUCAAAUGGGCACAUAUUAUGUCCCUGCGCUUGGUCCUGCACCACGCUGGGCUGCUUUUCUGGAAAAUGUCACGGAAGAGAUGGAAGAUUCUACGACCAGGACCGCGUAUGAGGAUUUCAAGUUUGUAGAGAGGAGUGAGCUGAAGAUACUUGGCCUCGACCACCUAAUAGGAACUCCCGCUCUCAAACCCUACAUGCACGGCUACUUCCUGUCCCUCCACCUCUACGACACCGCACGCGUUAUUGCUAACCCUUUCGCAUAUGCUGAGCAUCGCGAGAAACUCGUCAAAGAGCGGAUGGAGAAGAUGGCAGAGACGAGGAUACGCACGAAGAAGGGUACUGGAGCUGGGGCUGGAAGUGAGGAAGUCAAGGUUAAUAAAGCGUUGGCGGAGAGGAUUGAGAAGGGGCUUGAGAAGGAGAGGAGGAAGGAGGAGAGAAAGAAGAAAAGGGGUGCGAAGGGUGGGGAGGAUGAAGAGGCUAUGGAUGUUGAUGUUGGUGCCGAUGAUGAUGAAGCAGAACAAACUCCAACUGAACUCGAAAAACCAACCCUCCUCAACGACCCCCGUUUCAAAGACUUGUUCGUGAACCCCGAAUUCGCAGUGGACGAAACAACAAGAGAGUAUGCACUUUUGCAUCCUUCAGCUUCGGGUUCUAAGCAGAAGCCAAGAGGGAAGACCGCUGUUGAGGAGGAAGAAGAGGAGAGCGAGAGGGCUUCGUCUGCUGGGAUUAGUGAGGAUGAGAGUGAGAGCGAGGGUGGUGAUAGUGAUGAUAGUAGUGAUGCUGGUGAACUCAACAAAUUUGACCCACGUGUACGUCCAGGCCAAAAGAACGAACGCGCACACCAAGCAUACGCGCGGACGCGCCAACACAACAGACAAUCCAAUGCCAACAUCAAUUUCGUCCCUCUCGUUCCACAUACUGAAACUAGUACGAGCGUUAAAAAGACAGAUAAUAAGACUGCUACGUUUGGACAGCGGAGGAAUGCACCUGCACGUGGUUCCUCUCGCACUACGACACCCCACGCCGCAGCGAAGGGAGAUAAAGGAGGGUUUGAAAUGAGCUGGGUCCCUUCUUCCGCAAAAGAUACCUCAAGAGACCGGGGGAGCAGAAAAGACAGAAAUCCGAGGAAGGGCGUGGAGGUGUUUGGAGCUGGUAUGGAGCGUGGGGGUGGGGAUGGGGAUGGGACGGCUGUGUUGAGUGAGAGUGAACGGACGGGGAGGAAGCAGCGGAGGAAGGGAAUGAGGAGUGGGAGCAAGAAUGUAUUUAGGCAGUUAGGGUAGCAGCCUGACAUUUGGUUUUUGACUCGAGGUGUUACUUCCACGCCAGAAAUCGCACAUCCUCGCGUCACACU